UAUUGUUCUGUAGAAACUAUGCAUACUCGGAGAAAUAUGGUCUCCCACUCCAUCCCAAUGUCGUACCCAACCACGCUUCAAGGGGCACAACCCGGUUCCAACCUCCGCUAUCGUUUCUCGAAUCUCUCUCUCUCUCUCUCUCUCUCUCUCUCGUAUACGACGCUUAUCAUCCGCCUCCGCUGCAGCGCCGGCUCCGACGAGGCACGGCCGUAACUUCCGACGAGUAAUUUGUGGAAGGAGAUUCCAGAAGAAAGGGAACAGCUGGUGAAGGAUGGAUGGAAUGCUCAAUAUAAAGAAAUGGGCAGUAAUAUACCCCAUCUAUAUAAACUCAAAAAAGACGGUUGCCCAAGGCCGCCGAAUCAGUGUUGCAAAAGCAUGUGAGAACCCCACCUGCAUUGAGAUUGGUGAUUGUUGCAACUAUCUCAAGCUUCCCUUUGCCAUUGAGUUGGAUAAGGCAUACCCUCGAGACUUCAUGCAAAGAGGGAGGGUCAGGGUGCUGCUGAAAAGGGAGGAUGGGUCUCUGUGUAAUCCUGCAAUUGGUACAAAAAAGCAGCUGAUGCUCCAAAUUGCAGAGUUGGUUCCCAAACACCAUGGAAGGACUAAGAAACAGGAGUCUGUGAGUACGUCAGAUGCAGGGCCAUCAAAAUCUCGAAAGGGUGGAAAGAAGAAAAAAUAAAAAUAUGCAAACGGAAUAUUUUACAAAAUGCCUCUUACCUGACAUCACUUUCUUCGGAAGUUUUACAUUCUAAUGGUGUACUUCUCUUUUGGGAAAACUUAAAUUUCCUAGCAAAAUCAGUUAGCUCUUUUGCUGGUCUCCCUGACAACUCCUAGUCCAUUGUAUACUGAUUUCAACUUAAUAGUCUUCAAUUUUGUUGCCCUCAAGUUUUCAAGACUUUUUCUUGUUUUCAGACUUGAAACCACAGCUUGAUCUUGAUUUUGGUAUAUUUUGACAGAACAUGAUUUUUUCGUAAAA